GCUGAUAGAUCGGACGGUCGCCAAUAGUGCCAUAUCGCCAUGAAAGUCCGAGCAUAGCUUUCCCUCACGGCAACGCCGAACGACCGACCUCUCUUUCCCCUGCCAGCAUGUCGUGGAUGCGCCAGCAGACCAAUGGCACGUCCAACCACACAAAUGGAGGUGGAAACAUGCUAGGCCGGUUUGAAUACGAUAGCAGUCGCGAGAACAGCGUGGAGGACCGGAGUCGAUCUCGCGGUGGGCCAGGCACAUAUGGAGGGCUUCGUGCACCACGUCAGCCAUCACGACUUGGAGGGCAAGAGGAUGGAGGGUACGACAGCGAGAGCAGGAGCAGGAGCAGGGUCGCAUCGCGAUAUGGACCUGCCAGUGGACAAGUAGAAGAUAUCCUACGCUUCAUCGACCGGCAAUGGUCUUUCAUGUCUUCCGACAAUUGCAUACCCGUCAAGGUCGCCUUGCAACUAAUGGACCCGUCGUCACUUGGUCUAGCAGAUCAGUAUGAACAGUUCCAGGAUGUUCAUCAGCAGCUACAGAAUGCGCUCAAGGUCAUUGUGAACGAGCACCAUCAAGGAUUCAACAGUAGUAUCGGUACAUUCCACAAGAUACAGGCUGCCAUUGUGGCAUCUCAGCAUCGAGUGCGAACCCUGCGAGGCGGUCUGGUCCUGGCGAAGAGCAGUCUGGCGAGUCCUCGCCCGGAAUUGAAAGCCUUCGCGCAGAGCAGCCAGAGCUACGACCAGAUGCUGCAGGUCCUCGGCACGAUCGAGCAGCUGCAGGCUGUUCCAGAACAGCUCGAAGCUCAAAUAUCGGAAAAGCGCUUUCUUGGCGCUGUCGACACGCUGCAAGAUGCGCUCAAAAUGAUCAGGAAGCCAGAGAUGGAAGAAAUUGGAGCUUUGAGCGAUCUGCGAGUCUACUUGAGCAACCAGGAGCAUUCCCUUACCGACAUCCUUGUCGAGGAACUACACAACCAUCUCUACCUCAAAAGUCCAUACUGUGAGGAGCGGUGGAAAUCGCAUAUGAAGCGAGAUCCCUCAACAGCAUCCAUUGACGUGGCCCAGCGAGCAAUGCAUCAAUUUCUGGAGAAUUACGAUGGAUCUCGACCGAUGGCCGAAGACACGACUCGCAAUCCCGAGGCUGACACAUUCUAUUACAUACAACUGUUGUUGGAGUCGUUGAACAAGAUGGCUAGGCUAGAUGUGGCUGUUGAUGCCAUUGAGAACCGUUUGCCGGUCGAGCUAUUCACUGUCGUCGAGCGUUCGCAUAUGGAGGUCGAGCAAAGACAUCCUGCAAUCUUACGAACAGCUACGAGAGGUCAGCAGAAGUCGGGCUUCACUGCUGGACCACAAGGAGAGCGGCAGGCCACACUAGAGGAUCUACUGACCACCUUAUACGCGAGGUAUGAGGCGAUAGCGGAGGGACAUCGCGUACUUCACGAUGUUACUGCAGCCAUAAUACGGAGAGACUCACACGAAGAUCCAGCCUUGAAUCGCAGUUUCCGGGAACUAUGGAAGCUCCUCCAGAGCGAGAUUCGGUCGUUAUUGCACGAUCAUCUGGCCACAGCAGGAAAUGUCGGCCAUCGAUCACGGCAGCAGGCUGACUCCAGCGCCAAUAUCUUUCGUGCCCAACCGCGCGACCGGAAUCGGAAGCUUUUCAAGAUGGCAGACACGGACAGCAAGUCUAAUGAGCUCGCCACCGAGCGUGAAGAUCUUGAGUUCAUAUUGAAGCAAUCUGUCCCCGGCUUGAUCGGCAACAGUGCGCAACAGGCGAAGCGGGAACGCGGUAGAAUAGCAGAUGUGUCGGCGACAGGUCACAAGUUGCUGGUGGAGCCAAGCGUGUUCAACAUGGGCAUCCUGCUCAAGCCCUCACUUGCAUUCCUCAACCGCUUACGAGAGGUUGUUCCGCCGAACUCGGGCGUUGUCUCUAGCACCUUGACAUCGUUCCUCGACGACUUUCUGAUCAACGUCUUCUACCCACAGCUGGAUGAAACUCUGCUGGAGCUUUGCAACCGCAGUAUGACCGAGAUGGACGCCUUCCAGACCGAUCCCACAUGGCAGAUGCACGCCCAGCGACCGAUCUUCAAAGGCACAGCACGAUUUUACGAACUCAUCGAAGCUUUCUGCGUCAUGUUGGAUACACUUCCUCACGACCAGAGCUUCAGUCAACUCAUCAUCACACAAUUGCGGACGUACUACGACAAGUGCUAUUCGUGGUCGAAGAGUCUGCUGCAACGAGCACAGCUAGCGCAAGAAGGCGACGUCAAGAUGCGCCUCGCAGCUCAUCUGGCCACAAGCGGAGACAUCAACGAUACUGUGAUCGAUCUCACCAAAGCCAGUCCUGCCGACGCCGUUGUUCUCGCAGAGAAGGAGACUGCGCUCCUCCUCAACACCGUCAAGACCCGCACCCUCGCAGAAGCCGACCUCAUCCACGACCGCAAAGCCCUCGCAGCGCUCUGCACUCUGCACGUCUCCAUGAAAUGGCUCGCCUCUCGCUGUCAACAACUCCGCUACAUCUCUCCAUUCGCCGUUGAGACCGCCAACCUCCAACCCCACGACCGCCGCCGCUGGACCCAAACUCAACAACUCACGACCGCUCCCUCAUCGCCCUACCUCCCUUUAGACGAGCAGACCGCCAGCGCCUUCGACGGUGCUGUGUCAUCCUUUACUGAGCUUUCAUCCCUCAUCCUCCGCACCCUGCAUAUCGAUCUCCGCCUCCACGUCCUGCAUGGUAUCUACACAGCCAUGGACACGACCUAUGCCCUCGGUCAGCCAUACAACGAUCCUGACGCAGCGAUCCUCAGCCUUUGCACAGCCCUUGGAACCUACGACAGCGCCAUUGCCGCCAACCUGCUAAAGCCGCAAUACGCCUUCCUCACAGCCGAAAUCGACGUGCUGGCCAACAAUGCGCUCGUGUCUCUCGUGGGCUGUGUGCGCGGUUUGGACAAGUUUGGUAUUGAGAGGCUAGGCUUGAAUACAUUGGUCCUGCAGCAGACGUUAAAGAUGUCGAUGCAGACAGAUGCCGAUUUGGGAAUUGCCGCCCGUUUCUAUGAAUUUGCGAGGAAUCCAGAGGAUUUGGUUACGAAAGGCGUGAAGGAGGGGUACGCGAAGGAGGAUUUGAAGACGUUGCUGAGGUUGUCUUGGGGAAGCGGCAGGGAGGGUAGCGUGGAGGACUUUGUGGCGAGGAUCGAGUGA